AUGUCCACCGACAUCGCCUCACCGUUCAACUCAUACCCAUUGAAGUACGACACGUAUGCAUUGGCAAUUUCUUCGUUGGCGACUAGAACUACGUACUUCCCAGCAGACGUCAUGAAGCACUUUAUGUACGCACCGCAUGAUGAGAUACGGCUUUUGAUCAGGGUCUUGAACGCCUCUUCGGAAGCUUUGACGCGUAUUGACUUCGGAGAACUCUUAGUCGAUGCCGCCGACUUCACAGGAGCUGUCGCAUCGAGUGAAGUUUUGACCGCGGCAGCGCUCACUCUUUUUGGCUGCCUCAACGAUGCCACUUUCUUCGAAGCUGCCAUGGCGUCGCUGGUCAUCUUGACACCUUUUGCCUCAACCUUUUCCGAUUCAUCUACGGGGGUGUUCUCAGCAUCCACGUGUUUCUUCUUCGUGUCAGCAGAUUUUUCUUUCUUUCCUUUAGUCGGCUUGGAUUUUUCUACAGGCGCAUCCUCUGCGGUGCUAUCUUCCCCAUCUUCAUCUUCACUCAGAAUAGGCAGCGAAGCGAUUGAUUUCUUGCCCUUCACAAUGGGUAGGGCCAUGCUCUUUGAUUUCGACUUCUUGGACUUCUCCGUAUCCUUCAUUAUCCCGCCACCGAAGGCCUUCACCACCUUCUUUAUGUCACGGAGCAUGUUUUCAGUGGAGAACUCGGAUGAGCUCUUCGCUUUGCGUGCGGCCUUGCCGCCCUUAGCGCCGUCACCAUCUACGGCCUUCACCAUGGUUACUGCUCAAUCACUUGGGGGCUCUCAGCCAGCGUUCCAGGUAGGGGUCAGGUGUUGCUGA